AUGACAACAAUAAAUUUUAAUAAUGGUGAUAGUCAAAUAUCAUCAUCAUCAUCAUCUAUGUCUGAUGUUAAUGGUCAGAAACCUGAAGAUGAUAGAAAAUUAUUUGUUGGUGGUUUAACAUGGGAUACAACACAAGAUGAUUUACGUGGAUAUUUUUCUAGUUUUGGUAAUAUUCUUGAUUGUUCAAUAAAACAUGAUCCAACAACAGGACGUAGUCGUGGUUUUGCUUUUCUUAUAUUUGAUAGAAAAGAUAUAGUCGAUAAAAUUCUUUCACAAAAUGAACAUUUUGUUAGAGGUAGAAAAGUUGAUCCAAAACCUGCACAUCGUCGUUUAGCUAUUAUAAAUAAUAAUAAUAAUAAUAAUAAUCAUAUGUCAACAUCAUCAUCAUCAUCAUCAAAUUCAAUAUCAAAUAAUAAUCGUAAAGUAUUUAUUGGUGGUCUUGAUCCACGUUUUUCUGAUGUACAAUUAAGAGAAUAUUUUUCACAAUUUGGAAUAAUUGAAGAUAUUGAUUUACCAUUUGAUAAAGAAAAAAAUGAACGACGUCCAUUUUGUUUUAUUUCAUUUCAAAAUGAACAAUCAGCACAAGAAGUACUUCGAUUACAAAGACAUACAAUUGGAGAUAUAACUGUUGAUGUUAAAAGAGCUAAACCAAAAACUUUAAAUAAUAAUCAACAACAUCAACAACAACAACAAAUUUAUGAUCCAUAUACACAACAAAAUAUCUAUGCAAAUUAUGGAACUAAUGUUCCAUCAUAUGGUGUAAAUCCUUAUUCUACUGUUGAUCCUUAUGGAACUUGGAAUGGUUAUUCAUAUAAUCAACAAGGUAAUUAUUCAUAUGGUAGUUCUGAUCCAAAUUCUGUUCCUAAUUCAACUACAUUAUCUUAUUCUCAAUAUCAAUCAAAUUCUCAAUAUUCAUACGGACCAUCCAAUGUUGUCAAUGCUAAUGAAUAUUAUUCUCAUUAUGGUUAUGGUGCUCCUCCUUCAACAUCUAAUGUUUAUGCUGAUCCAAAUGUCUAUGGCAGUGGUGGUAGUAGUGGUGCUUAUGAUUAUAAUUCUUAUUAUACAUCAGGAGGUAUGAAUAUUAAUAGUUCAAUAGUUGAUAAUGGUACAGGACAACAAGGAGGUAAUUCACCGAAUGAUGCAAAUAAUUAUGAUCAUGAUAAUCAUUAUGGAAAAAAUAAAACAUCUAUUGUUUCCAGUCCUACUUAUCAUGCAUAUCCUAUAAGUUAG